AUGAGCCAGGCUCAAGAUACACCAGAGCAGGCUGCGCAUGAGGCCAUGCCAACCAAGGACACCCCUUCUGCUGCUGCUGAUGCAUACGAGUCAACGCACGUACAUGCCGUAUACAACCAAAUCGCACCACACUUCUCUUCGACUCGCCACAAGCCGUGGCCGCUAGUAGCAAGCUUCCUGCAGGGCCAAAAGCCUGGCGCUGUGGGCAUCGACGUCGGCUGUGGCAACGGAAAGUACUUGCCUGUGAAUCCUAGCUUGCAUAUUUUUGGCUCCGACCGCAGCGAUGCCCUUGUAUCGCUGGCCCGGGCUGAAAAGGGCGGCGAGGUGGCCGUUGCAGACGGCAUGGCGUUGCCAUAUCCUCUAGGCCGCUUCGACUUUGCCAUUAGCAUUGCUGUCAUUCACCAUCUCUCGACUCCGGACCGGAGAAGAGAAAGUAUAGAAAAGAUCCUGGCUUGCCUACGACCACAGAGUGGAGAUGACCAGGCAAAGGCCAUGAUUUUUGUCUGGGCUCUGGAACAGGCUAGCAGUCGCCGAGGUUGGGACGAGGCCUCCGCCCAAGAUACGCUUGUGCCGUGGGUCAUGCGAUCAAAGGGAAAGCCUGAUGAGACCUUUCAGCGCUAUUAUCACUUGUAUAAGGAGGGCGAGCUUGAGGAUGAUGUCGCCGCGGCUGGUGGCGUCGUCCUGGAGAGUGGUUAUGAACGAGAUAACUGGUGGGUAAUAUGCACGAGGAAGACAUGA